GGUGGCGGCGGUGACUCCGGCGGCUCGGGACUGAGUGCGCGAGGUGACCGGCAGGGUUGUUAGAACCACCAUGAUUCUUCAGAGGCUCUUCAGAUUCUCCUCUGUCCUUCGGUCAGCAGUCUCUGUUCAUUUGCGGAGGAACAUUGGUGUGACAGCCGUGGCAUUUAAUAAGGAACUUGAUCCUAUACAGAAACUCUUUGUGGACAAGAUCAGAGAGUACAAAGCAAAGCGACAGUCAUCUCAAGGACCUGUUGAUACUGGCGCAGAGUAUCAGCAAGACCUGGAGAGAGAGAUCUUUAAACUUCAACAAAUGUAUGGGAAAGGAGACAUGACGACAUUCCCUACCUUCAAAUUUGAAGAUCCCAAAUUUGAAGUCAUUGAUAAACCCCCAUCCUGAAGAAAUAACAUGAAAUUAAUCUGGUAAUUUGUCAUGGACUUGUUGUACAAGUACUUAGAAAUAUAAUAAACAUACACUUCAUAACUGUCAAAUGCUCUUUAAAUUCUGAUUACAAAUAAAUUGGUAAUAUUGCCCGUA